AUGUUUCUCUUACUUAGCAUCUUCUCAGUAGUUACAACUUUUAGAGGAUGCUUGUCCGUGGAGCAGUUGUUUUCCAAGACAGGUCAAGGAUUAGAAGGUCGUAUUUACGGUGGUCACAAAACUGUGAUUGAGUUACAUCCUUACCAAGUAUCUUUACACAGCAGAGGCGAAUACAUAUGUGGUGGAGCUAUUAUCUCUGCAGAAUUUAUCGUAACAGCUAGCCAUUGCGUAAGCGACCCAGUCUCUUUCCUAAAGAUUCGAGCAGGAUCGUCAUUUCGCUUGUUCGGUGGUAGUGUUCAUACGGUGAAGGAAGUCUAUCGCCAUGAAGAUUUCUGGAUGAACGAGCACGACAAUGCUUUCUAUGACAUAGCUGUGAUUCGUGUUAAAGAGUCUUUCCAUUUUGAUGAUACUCGUUUGCCAAUAAAACUCUUCGAUGCUGGAGAAAAACUUCAACCAGGAGCUUUAGCUGUUCUGUCUGGAUGGGGCGAGUUAGAAGACGGACGUCUACCAGUACAACUGCAAGCAGUGGUGCUGCCAAUCGUGCAGAAGGAAGUCUGUGAAAAUGCUUAUAAAAAACUACAAGGUGGAAUUGGCGAAGAUCAAAUAUGUGCUGGAUACCAGGGUCUCGCUCGAAAGGACGCUUGUCAUGGUGACUCUGGCAGUCCACUGGUGGUCGACGACAGGCUUGCUGGAAUCGUGACCUACGGUGAAGAUUGUGCGCAUCCAGAUUAUCCUGGUGUGUAUAGUGAAAUCGCUUUCUUCCACAAGUGGAUUGAAGAACGUGUUACAUUCUAA